AUGCCUUUUGAAUCUGUGGGAUUCAGAUUAUUUAUUGUGAUUUUAGCAGGAAAGCUCUUCCUGCACACCGGCACAGAGGAGCUGCUGGCUGAUCAUCUUCUCCUUCAGCCAGCCCGGCGAGAGUCCUCCCUGCUGAAACCCACAGUGCUCAUCACCAUCCUCGCACGUAACACACAGCACAGCCUCCCUUACUUCUUGGGAUGCAUCGACAGACUGGACUAUCCAAAGGACCGAAUUGCCAUCUGGGCAGCCUCUGACCAUAGUGUGGACAACAGCACAGCCAUCCUUCAGGAGUGGCUCAGAGGAGUCCAGCACCUGUACCACUCUGUGGAGUGGAGACCACUGGAGCAACCGAGCUCUUAUGCAGAUGAGCAGAGUCCAAAACACUGGCCUGACUCUCGGUUCACCCAUGUGAUGAAGUUAAAGCAGGCAGCGCUCAGAGCUGCCAGACGACUGUGGACUGACUACAUACUGUUUGUGGACAGUGACAACUUGCUGACAAACCGCCAGGUGCUAUCUGACAUGAUGGCAGAGAAUCUGACGAUUGUGGCGCCCAUGUUGGAAUCAAAAAGUCUUUAUUCCAACUUCUGGUGUGGUAUUACUCCUCAGGGCUACUACAGACGAACCCCAGAGUACAUUCCCAUCCGGAAGUGGAAGCGGCAGGGCUGCUUUGCAGUUCCCAUGGUGCACUCCACCUACCUGCUGGAUUUGAGGCGCAGAGCCAGCAGGGCGUUGGCCUUCUACCCCCCUCACCAUCAGUACCCCUACCACUUAGACGACAUCAUGGCUUUCGCUUUCUCUGCAAGGCAAGCAGGGGUCCAGAUGUAUGUGUGCAACAGGGACCAUUAUGGAUAUUUACCAGUGCCCCUCAAGCAAGACCAGACACUGGAGGAGGAAGAGGAGAGUUUUAGCCACACACUGACAGAGGCUCUCAUUGACUUCAGCAUGGAGCCUUCAAAGUAUGUGCACACUACACCCAAAGAACCGGGAAAGCUGGGAUGUGAUGAGAUCUUUCUGAUCAAUCUGAAGCGCCGCUCAGACCGGCGAGGGAGGAUGUUGCGUUCUCUCGCUGUCCUUGGCGUCAACGCCACACUGACAGAGGCCGUGGACGGCAAAGCAUUGAACUCCUCUCAGCUGCAGGCCAUGGGUAUAGACAUGCUGCCCGGGUAUAAAGACCCGUAUUCAGACCGUGUGCUGACUAGAGGGGAGAUUGGCUGCUUCCUCAGCCACUACAACAUCUGGAAGCAGGUGGUGCAGGAGGAACUGCAGCAGGUGCUGGUGCUGGAGGAUGAUGUGAGAUUUGAGCCCAGAUUUUGCAGCAGGCUGGUGGCCAUUAUGGACAAUGUGAAGAGGGUGGGACUUGACUGGGACCUAAUUUAUGUGGGUCGUAAGCAGCUGCAGGUGAAGGAGCCAGAGUACUGGGUAAAGGGAGUCAGAAACCUUGUGCACCCAGGAUACUCCUACUGGACCUUGGGUUACGUCCUAUCCCUGCAGGGGGCUAAGAAGCUCCUGCAGGCAAAACCCCUUAACAAAAUGCUACCUGUUGAUGAGUUCUUACCAAUCAUGUUCAACAAGCAUCCCAGCGACGAGUACAUGCAGUAUUUUGAGCAGAGGGACCUGAGAGCAUUUUCAGUGGAUCCUUUGUUGCUCUUCCCGACACACUACACUGGCGAACCCGGCUACUUCAGUGACACAGAGACGUCCACCAUCUGGGACGACGAGGCAGUGGAAACAGACUGGGACAGAGACGGGACCAAACACCGGCGUGAGCAGGAAACUGAGGAACUUGGGUUUCGACAUGUGGCUCCUCAUCCUGCUCACAGUGACGUGCCUCCCCUCUCUGCCAGCAGAAACAGAGAUGAACUCUGAGGAGGACUUACACGUGCUGUGUUGUACACCAUGGCCAGUGGUGCAUAAAUCAGCUGCUGGUACCUUAUUAAACUCUACCCCCCCACCCCUCUCUGUGCGAUGGUUUUCUCAGUGUUAAUUUGAUGAAAUCCAAACCAUAAAACAAAAUAAUCUAACAAGAAUGAUAACUGCACAGUUGUGUGUCUCUGCCAGUCAGUCCAGUUACAGUUAAUUAGCUUGUGGAUUCCUAGGUUAUUGCAAAAAUGUGUUUGGUGCGGUCACAGUGACCCUGACCAAAAUGUAAUCACUUCAUCUUUGAGUCCAAGUGAAUUCUUCAAGGCAUUCCUGGGAUAUUGCAUUCACAAGGCCAAAAAUGUGUUUUGUGAGGUCACAGUGACUUUGAACUUUGACAUUUGACCACCAAAAUCUAAUCAGUUCAUCCUUGAGACCAAGUGAAUGUUUGUACCAACUUCCAGCCCCUAUCACCUCAGCUGAUAUUGAACUUUACAUUUACAAACUAACCCACAGUCAUGUCAGGAGUUUUUUGGGGCUCAGG